AUGACCGGGCGCAGCGGCUGGUGCGCGGUGCUGGACCUGCGGCCCCACGGCGAGAGCCCGGAGAGCGUGCAGGUGCUGCGGCUGACGCUGCCGAAUGACCUCCCGGGCGAGCGGCGCGAGCAGGCGAAGCAGAAGCCGGUGGGAAAAGCUUUUGCCAUGGUGGCCAACAGAGCCAGCAACGGGCACUCCCUGGCCUCUGAGUGCAUCAAAUCCAACGACGGUGAUGAGGAGAUCAUCAAGGUUUAUCUCAAGGCACGGGCUGAGGGCAGCAUGAACCACGAGGAGAACGUCAACCAGCUCAAGAGUGAAGUUCGUUACAUCCAAGAGGCUAGAAGUUCUUUGAAGAAGCUGCGGGAAGACUUAAGUAGUAGACUUGAGAACAGAGAAGGAGAUAAACAGCACGCACAGGUCGAGCUGGAGACGCAGAACGGGAACUGGUUGUGCCCUGAGAGGCUGCGCCCCGAGUCCUGGGAGGAGGAGCAGGAGGACGAGUGCUCCGGGGAGGACGUGGAGAAGAUCCGACAGACGGCGAAGAGGCUGUUCAUGAAGCUGCAGGAGGCUGAGAAGCGGCACCAGUUGGAAAGGAAAGCUUUUGAGCGCACGGUGUCCCGGUACCAGCAGGAAGCGGAGCAGACGGGCAGCGCCCUGCGCCGGGCAGAGAGGAGCACCCUGGAGAAGGAGCUGCAGGUGGACGAGCUGCAGAGGCUCCUGGCAGGGAUGGAGAAGGAGCACCGGGCUCUGCUGGUGAAGAUGAAAGAGGGCGAAGCGGAGCUGGCGCGGCUGCGGAGCGUGGAGGGUGACAAGCUGGCCCAACAGGACCGGUCAGCCCAGCUGGAGAAGGAGGUGGCCACGCUGCGGGAGAAGAUCCACCACCUGGAUGACAUGCUGAAGAGCCAGCAGCGCAAAGUGCGGCAGAUGAUCGAGCAGCUCCAGAACUCCAAAACCGUGAUCCAGGCCAAAGACGCCGUGAUCCAGGAGCUCAAGGAGAGAGUCGCUUACUUGGAGGCUGAGGUGGGUUUUGGGGGAGGGGCUGUCUCGGGGGGGUCCCCAGGGUCUGAGCACCCCCUCCCCACUGUGACCAGCUGCACAGUCCUGCAGCUCCCUCGUGGUGACGAGCUCUGCUCUGGGUGA